CCCUUAGAUGCAAACAGGGGAGCUGCAGAGAGCCAAGCAUAAGGACACAGAGGGAGCAGUUCCCAUCCCUGCCUACCCAGGAGAGAUCAAGGCGGCCAGGGUCACAAGAUGGUCUAUCCAUUGUGGUUCUUCUGCCUUCUGGCUAGCGAACUGUGAGUCUCCAACACCAGCCUUGUUGACGGGGAGCUAUGACAAGGAGGAAACAGGCCAACAGACUGCAGCCCUGGAACUAUCCUGGAGAUCCAAAGUGCCAACGCUCCUUAAGGGAAAAUGUGGGCGAGGAAUCUUAUGGCGAGGGCCUUGUAUGACAAUGUCCCUGAGUGUGCUGAGGAGCUGGCCUUCCGCAAGGGAGACAUCUUGACCGUCAUAGAGCAGAACACAGGAGGACUAGAGGGAUGGUGGCUGUGUUCCCUACAUGGUCGCCAAGGCAUCGUCCCAGGUAACCGGGUGAAACUUCUGAUUGGUCCAGUGCAAGAGCCCUCCAGUCAUGAGCAGCCUACUCCUGGACCUAUGCAUCAGAACUUUGGCCAACAGAAACUCUAUCAAGUGCCAAAUUCCCAGGCAGCACCUCGUGAUACCAUCUACCAAGUGCCGCCCUCCUACCAGAAUCAGGGAAUUUACCAAGUACCCACUGGCCAUGGCACUCCAGAACAAGAUGUAUAUCAAGUACCACCAUCAGUUCAGAGGAACAUUGGCAGCACUAAUGGACCCCAUCUAGGCAAAAAGGUGAUCACGCCAGUGAGGGUUGGCCAUGGCUAUGUGUACGAGCACCCAUCCAGAUACCAAAAGGAUGUCUACGAUGUCCCUCCUUCCCACACCACUCAAGGGGUAUAUGACAUCCCUCCUUCAUCAGUAAAAGGCCCUGUGUUUUCAGUUCCAGUGGGAGAGUUAAAACCUCAAGGGGUAUACGACAUUCCCCCCACCCAAGGGGUCUAUGCCAUUCCACCAUCAGCUUGCCGGGAUGAGGCGGGGCUGAGGGAAAAGGAAUAUGAUUUCCCUCCUCCAAUGAAACAAGACGGAAAACUGGACACCAGACCUGAGGGGGUUUAUGACAUCCCUCCAACCAGCACCAAGACAGUGGGGAAGGACCUUCACACCAAAUUCCCCUGUGAUGCUCCAGGAGGGGCAGAACCAAUGGCACGAAGACACCAGAGCCUUUCCCUGCACCACGCACCCUCUCAGGUGGGACCGUCCGGGGACACUCAGAGUGAUGCAUAUGAUGUCCCCCGGGGAGUUCAGUUUCUCGAGGUACCGACAGAAUCCAGUGAAAAGGCAAACCUGGAGGAGAGAGACGGUGUUUAUGAUGUCCCUCUGCACAACCCAGCGGAUGCUAAAGGCUCUCGGGACGUGGUAGACGGGAUCAACAGACUGUCUUUCUCCAGCACUGGCAGUACCAGGAGUAACAUGUCCACAUCUUCCACCUCCUCAAAGGAGUCCUCGUUGUCAGCUUCUCCGUCUCAGGACAAAAGGCUCCUCCUGGACCCAGACACAGCCAUUGGGAAGCUCUAUUGGCUCCAGCAGACCCUGGAGACGGGCAUCUGCAGCCUCAUGUCACUGGUCACCAUAGACUGGAGGUCUUAUGGAUACAUGGAAAGGCACAUCAACGAGAUCCGCACCGCAGUGGACAAAGUGGAGCUGUUCUUACGAGAAUACCUCCAUUUUGCCAGGGGCGCUUUAGCCAAUGCCUCCUGCCUCCCAGAACCGGUCCUCCUCAAUAAAAUGAAUCGGGAACUCCAGAGAGUAGACGAUUCCCACCAGAUCCUAAGCCAAACCAGCCAUGAUCUGAAUGAAUGCAGCUGGUCCCUGAAUGUUUUAGCUAUCAAUAAGCCCCAAAAUAAGUGUGAUGACCUAGACCGGUUUGUGAUGGUGGCCAAGACAGUGCCCGACGAUGCCAAGCAACUGACCACCACCAUCAGCACCUACGCAGAGACUCUCUUUAGAGUAGAUCCUGGCAAUUCCCAUCUGAAGAAUGGGCCUGACAGUAUCACGAACUCAAUCGAGUACACACAUACGGGCUCCCAGAUGCAGCCACUGCGCCCCGGUGACUACAAAGGCCAGGUUCACAAUAAGCCAUUGCCUCCUACUCUAAGCAAGGAGCAGCCACCAGACUGCAGCAGCAGUGACGGUUCCGAGAGGAGUUGGAUGGACGAUUAUGACUAUGUCCACCUGCAGGGCAAAGAGGAGUUUGAGAGACAACAGAAGGAACUCUUGGAAAAAGAGAACAUCAUGAAGCAGAGCAAGGCGCAGCUGGAGCAUCAUCAGCUGAGUCAGUUCCAGCUGUUAGAACAAGAAAUCACCAAGCCCGUGGAGAAUGACAUUUCCAAAUGGAAACCCUCUCAGAGCCUCCCAACCACAAACAACAGUGUGGGUGCUCAGGAUAGGCAAUUGCUUUGCUUCUACUAUGACCAAUGCGAGACCCAUUUCAUCUCCCUCCUCAAUGCCAUUGACGCCCUCUUCAGCUGCGUCAGCUCAGCCCAGCCCCCGCGGAUCUUUGUGGCGCACAGCAAGUUUGUCAUUCUCAGUGCACACAAACUGGUGUUCAUUGGAGACACUCUGACAAGGCAGGUGGCCGCCCAGGACAUUCGCAACAAAGUCAGGAACUCCAGCAACCAGCUCUGCGAACAGCUCAAGACGAUUGUGAUGGCGACCAAGAUGGCCGCCCUCCACUACCCGAGCACUACGGCUUUACAGGAAAUGGUGCACCAAGUAACAGACCUGUCCAGAAAUGCUCAACUGUUCAAGCGUUCCUUGCUGGAGAUGGCCACCUUCUGAGAAGACACGGAAGUAGAAAGGACUGGUUGAAUAAUUACUAAGGAAAACUGGAAAUACUAUCUAGUUUUUGUAAAUGUUAUCUAUUUUUGUAGAUAUUUUAUAUGAAAUUGAAAUGUUUUAAUGUUUUGUGAGUUAGUCGAUUUUCAUCAAUUCAGGGAGCUGAAGUGGGAAUUCAUUUUGUUUCCCCUGUGUGGUUCUUAUAUAAACAUAUAAGUAUCUAAGACAUAAGUUGUACAGAAAUGUGUCCACAUUUGUGUAUGCCUACGUAUCCGUAUUUGUUUAUAGAUGUGUGUCUGAUACAGUCCAUUAAAACCAUGAAUUGAGAAGCACCUUAGUAAGCACCUAAUGCUGCAUUGUUUGGGUUUUGUAGAAAAAUUAUACUACUUAGUUGUAAUAUUACUCUACGUGUAGUAGUAGUAGUCUGAGCCCAGCACACCCAACUUUCUUGUCUGAAAUCUCUUUUAAACUUGACUUGUCUUUAACACAGUGGUAAAUCUGACCAACUUCUAGUUGAAAGGGGGUGAGGAGAGAGAGAGAGAGAGAGAGAGAGAGAGAGAGAGAGAGAGAGAGAGAGAGAGAGAUUAAAAAAAAAAACAUUAACCUAAGAUCCAGUGUUUCAGGUGCUAGAGAAAGGCAAGACAUGUGUGCUGUACUAAGAGGCCAUGUCUACAGUGGUUAUUGAGUUAUUUCAGUUCUGAGAGAAACUAUAAUAAAGAGAGAACAUUUGUUUCCCUGGGGCUACAUUUGUGAGUGAUUCAGUCAUGAGGUUUUCUAAUGGAUGUUUUUAGAGUUGAAUUUAAAAAAAAAAAAUUGCAACAAGAAUUCAUGAAGAUACAUCAGAACUGUGAUUGUGGGCAAAAAGAAGGGAUGUUUCCAACAGCCAGUAGUUAAAUAAAGACCUCUCUACCCUCAUUAUCUAAUGAAAAUGGCCAGUUUCUUAGUCACUGAACUAUGGAGCCACCAGGCGCUGUCCUCUCUCAUUGCUUGAUGGAGCAAUGUUCUACACCAUUCUAAAACCUUACAUAAGCAGACCAACACUCAAAAAAGCUGCAGAGAUCUGACCUUCACAACCCAUUGUGGCCAUGGACCUUGUGGAUAAGUCACAUUACCUGUAAGCUACUCACAGCAUUGAUCCUGUGGUCUUUCCCUUCACACCUGCUGUGUAGAUACAGCUCAGAACAGAUUCAUCAUCGGCAGAUAAAGCACUUCCCUCUUCCAUUAUGACCAACUCAAGAAAUAUGUUUCUUGUAGCCUCUGUUCUAUUUCAUUCCAGCCUAUUCAGAAACGUGUUUUUAUUUGUUAUGGAUAUGUCUUGACUGAGUUAAUGUUAUUUGUUUUAAGCAACCAAAUGACAAAAACAAGGAGGGACUUAAGAAGAACAUGUGAUCUCAGUUGUUUUUUUUUUGUUUUGUUUUGUUUUGUUUUUUUUUAAGUAAGUGGAAGAUAGCAAAGGAAGGGUGCUUUUCAAAACAAACUAUAGCUGUAAUUCUCAAAGUUCUGCACUGCCAGAAGAUAAACAGCUGGACUAUUGGACAGCAAUUCACUGUGUCUGGCAUGUGGAGGAAGAGGGUCCUGCAGCAUUAGUGCCAUUGCAAAAAGUCAAGGUAUCCUUGUAGAUCUUACUACACAACGUGUGUCUGUUGAGUGAUGGCUACCUUGUCCUAACCUGAGUAAUGACAUUCCACAUUGUAAAAAAACAAACUAUUCAAUUCGUAAUGAUGAUUGACAUUUUGUAUAUUCAAGUCAUUAAAUGUUUAAAUCUU